AUGGAUAGUGUAUAUUAAUAGUAUACUUAACCUAUUUGGGUGCUUAUGAAUGAAGCUUUUUAUAAAGCUGUCUAAUAAAAAUCAGUUUAGAAUUUAAAUGGAUUUAAAUAUUUCGAAUCAAUAAAAGAAUAUUAAGACCUCAUAUUUCCACUUCUUUAGAAUGAAGCCUAUCAUUCAUUGAGAAGGGAGUAGUUAAGAUUUCUGAACAAUUUAAAGGACCGCUCUUAAUAUCCUCUUGUUUUUGAAGUAAUAUUGAAUUAAGAUGCUUAUCGAAGUAAAGGAGAUGGUGUUAGAUUUGAUGUUUUGAGGGAAUAUAAAAUAAUGAAAGAUGAAUCGCCUUCUAAGAAUGAAUUUUGGAAAUAUAAUCGCUUUGCACAAUAUUUAAUUUUUAACCAAUCAUAACAAUAUUUUGGGGCAGUAUAUUCUAGAAAUCCAAAUAAACCAAAUGAAUAUUUUACUUCUUUGGCUAUUUAUUCGAACAAGCAAGGUGAACAAUAAUUAAUUUUACCUUAUACUAAAUACUCUAUGGAUAUGUUUAAAUUUAAAAAUAUAAUCACUGCUGAUGAAAAUUUGAAUUUUUAUAAAAGUUUCUUAAACGAUGCAUCCUCUAAUAUUUGGGAUUAAAAAUUGCUUGUGUAUUUUUCACCCAUUAGCCCUUUGAGCGCAUACAUAAAUGAAACAGAAACUAUUUUCAAUCUUUAAAGAUGUCCAUUUUAUAAACUAUUACUUGAUCCAUGUUAAGAAUUAAAUCAAGUUUAAAUUUCAGAUUUCAGCGAGAAAGUAAGAGUUCAAUAGGAAUUAUAUUUUAAUAAUUAAAUAUAUACAGUAAAAUUUAACGCUAUUUAGUUACAAGCAAUUAGACAUGCAUUAGAUUUUACUAAAAGGAUUACAAUUAUUAAAGGUCCUCCAGGAACAGGAAAGACAUAAACCACUAUUGGUAUAAUAUCCAUAAUGGCGGAUUUGUUAAUAAAAGCAAAGGAUAAUGAUAAUCCUCAAGGAUGUAUUCUUGUACUGGCAAAAUCAAAUAGCGUUGUCAAUGAUUUAGUUAGGAAAAUUACAGACAGUAUUGAGAAACCAAAUUCUAUUAUUUACUGCUUUAAUCGCAAACCUGAUUAUUUAAAGAUACUCCGUUUUGGAAGACCAGAAAAAUGUGAUAAAGAUAUCUAAAGAUUGAGCUUAGAAAUUAGAUCUUAAAAUCAUUUUUUUUAAUACAAAGUUAGAGAUAAUGUUAGAGAAUCUUACAACAGGUGCAUAACGCCUUAAAUCAUAUCUGAACUUGAACAUCAUUAACUAUAAGAGUUUAAAAAUUAUUUGAUUGAAAAAGAUGAAUAAUUUACUCUUAUAUCUUUAUUAAGUUAUAUAGAAGAACUAAAUUUUAGAACUCGCAAAUAGAAAAUCUUGGAAGCCUAUGGAAAAUUAUAUAAUGAAUUAUCCUAAUUAUUAAAGCAGAAGAGGAAGGUAUACGAAGAAAUUGAAUAAUAGUACUUAGAUUAAUGUCAUAUUAUAGUUUCAACCCUGAAUAGUUGUUCUAAACUCUGUUUGGAAUAAUACUUUGAUAAAGUAAAAUUAAGAAUGUGCAUAAUUGAUGAGGCACCAACUGCUUUAGAACCUUCUUUGCUUAUACCCUUUGUAAAAUAUCGGAUAAUUGAAAAAGUUGUUCUACUUGGAGAUAUAAAAUAACUCAACCCAAUAGUUAUCGCAAAUGAAUCAAUUAAUUAUGGCUAUAAUAGAUCUUUGUUCUAAAGAUUGGCAAUAGGAUUGAAAAAUGAUUCAUUAAAGCUGAUACAUUAAUAUAGAUAAAUACCAAACCUUGCUGAAAUUACUUCUGAAUUAUUUUAUAAAAAUUAAUUGAAAAAUGGAAUACAAGAUAUGUAAUUCCCAGAAUGGAUUAAAAUGAAAGUUUCCUAAACACGCAAUAGGCUUUUUUUCAACGCUCCCGCAUUCACAGAGAGCAAUGAAGAAACUAGUAAAAAAAAUGAGUUAGAAUGUUAAGCCAUAAUACUUCUGACUAGAUAUUUAUUACAAGGGUAGAAUUUUCCCAAUAAUAAAAAACCAAUUACUAUCAUAAGUGCUUAUAGAGCUUAAACAGACAAUAUAUUCAAGAAGUUAUAAUAGGAGAAAUUGACACAGGAAAAUAAUUAAAUACAUUUAAUAGAUUAAGUUGAAUUAGACACAGUAGAUUCAUUUUAAGGAAAAGAAAACGAUAUAAUAAUUUUAUCACUUGUACGAUCAAAUGAUAAAUAAGGAUUUUUAAAAGAUAAGAAAAGAGCUAACGUAGCGUUGUCAAGAGCAAAAUAUUGUUAAUAUAUUUUUGGAACCAAAUAUACAAUGAAGUUAGAUUUGAGAAAUUGGAAUAGAAUUAUUAAAAAACUAGAAGAUAAAAAUCCAUUGUUCUUUGAGAAUGUCUUAAUGCAAUAAUGA